AUGCUAACAUGUUCUAAAAAUGUGAAAUAAAAAUUAUAUACUGUUCCUGAUGAUUAAUUUCCAAAAAAGAGACACAGUACAUCAAGAUCUUUGAAGUUGAGUUUAAGAAGAAAAAGUAUACUAAUAAAUAAAUGAAAGAAUUGCAAGAUGAUUAUGAUAUAUUUUAGUAUUUAAAGAAUGAGAAUACAUCAGAGAAUUAUAUGACAUCGUUAACAGAGAGAAAGGAAAUAAGUUAAGUUAAUUAAAACAAUAGGAUAUCAGUAAUGAAAGAGAGUAUAUUAUCAGAGAAAGAUAAAGGAUUUUUAAGAAAGUUUAAUGAGGUAUAAUAGAAAAGGAAAUAAGAAUAACUUUUAAAGGCUGAUUAUUUAUUAAAGAAAGAUUUAGCAGACUUAAAUAAAAUAGCAUAAAAUAGUGUAUAAUAAUUUUCGAAUCAUUUUUCUGUUUAUAAUCAUUUUCACUUCGAGCAUUUAUUAGAACCUUAGACAGCAAGAGCAGAUUUACAAUUAUAACCAAAAUAGAUAUUCACAAUAUUAAGUAACCCGAAUAAAAAGGAUAGAUCAUAAUAUAAGGGUGGUUCUUAGAGAAUGUUUGUAUGGCAAGAGAAGAUAAUAAAUGAAGAGUAUUUAGAGAAAGCAAGAUUAAUGAAUUAAAAGAUGAAUAGAAUGAGUUUAAAUGUACAUAAGUAUGUAAAUGAAGUUAAUAACGAAAUUGGAUCCAAUGAGUGAAUAAUAUUUUGAAUUGAUACAAAAUGGAAAUGUAGAACAAUUAAAAUAAUUGAUUAAGACAUAGCCUCAUUUAUUAGAAUAGAAAACUAGAGUAACAUCAUAAUGUUUGUAUAGGAUAGUUAUAAGAGACAGGAUUACAUGUAGCAGUAAAAAGAAAUAAGAUCCAAAUUGUGGAAGUACUUUUGAA